AUGGGGAAAACAGCGUCCACCUACUUCUCCCCAGAUGCCGUGAGCUCAGGAGCUCCCAUUGGAGCCUUGAGCAUCAGCAUCCCUGGAGGCCUUGGCCACCGAGGCACCUGGGGCCACCUCAGCAUUGUUCUCCUCAAGCCCCGCCUGCCUCACAGGCACCAUCACCAUGGGAACCGAGCCAGCCAAUCAGAACACUCCCUCUUGAAAGGGAGCCUUAUAAAUUGGGCCUCAUCUGCCCAGACAGGCCACACCCAACAUUCAGAGGCCUCCGGGGGCCCCCUCCUCCUGGAGAAACCAACUCAGCUGCCCCCCACUUUCCUCCAGGAUAAACAAGGGGCGUCUCCUGCCUCGCAUGCUCAAGGCCAGGGUCCAGGCCUACAGUCACCCAGUUUAGAGCCACAGUUCCCCGCACGGCCGCGCCAUGAUGCAGGGGUCACUCAGGAGCCCCUGAGAGAUUCAGGCAGUCACCUGGGAAAUACCUGGAGCCACGAGAGCGACGUGCCAAGCCUGCAAUCAUCCAGCCUAGAGCAAAGCAGUGAUGUUAGCCGACUGAGCAGCGGGUACGCAGGAGAUGAGGAGAGCAGUGAGGUCAGCUUGCUGGGCAGUGGUCGACACGUGCGUUUGAAUAGAAGGCUCCACACCCAGGCAGGUGGCGCCCCGACCGGUCAGGUGUGCGCCACCUACUCCCCCAGGCAGGUGAAGAGCCGGCUGGCCAGCCGAGCCGACAGCGCUGUGCAGACUGGAGGGGAAAAGUGAGACCAACCUGCCCGGUGGCAGCGUGGACAGCCGGGCCAGCAGCUUGACCAGCCUCAGUUUCAUCAGCCUGGGCAGCAGCGCCCUAAACUACCAGGUGAGCAGCGGGCCGGUCAGUUCCGUGGGCAGCCUUCCCUCCAGCCAGGCCAGCAGCUACCACAGCAUCAGGGUGGAUGGCAAUGCACAAAGUGGGCUGCAGAGCCACACCAGUCUUCCGGGGGACCAGCCCGGGGGCAGCGUGAACGCUAGUGACCAGGUCCCCAAGGGUGAGAUGCCUGCCCAGGUGCGCGUGCCUUUAUGAGGAGACUCACCGGCCGCUAGGAUCUUAAAAAAAUGCACUUGUGAGGACCUAGCAAAACCCAGCCUUCGCCCAGAGUGGUUAUCCCCAAAAGAAGUAGGAAAGACGUUUAAAAAGUAGGCACUGUGUCAAAAUCACCAAUGGAUAAGCCCCAUGGGUAGCAACCACCACCCACAAGAGGGUCAUACAUAGCUGAGUACCUGGAGUCAGCAUCAGUGAUGAGAGCGUCUAUACUGAGAACCCCUGUUGAGCAGAACAAGAUCAAGGCCCAUCAGUGCUAGGUCCACCUGGGUGAAGACCACCAGGGGCAAUAACAGUCCUGCGAACCCCAGCCACAUCCCUAACAGGACCCAUCAAUGGCAAAACCAUCUGUAAUGAGAAUCAUCGUGGCGGGCGGUGGCGUGGGGGCACAGGUGCCAAGACUCAUCAGUGGAGGUACCUGUUUUCAAGGCACGUGCCAACCGUAUUAAGAAACAUCGGAAGUUAGAAGGCCCAUCCUCAGGGAAGAAUACCACCAUCCACCAGCAGCACCAACUCUGCUGAGCUCAGAAGAAACCGUCCGCCGCCACCACCGGAAACGUCCACGCUGAGAGCCGGCGGAAGUGAACGUGGUGCAUCCGGAGCCUCGGUCCCAAGCACGUUCUGAAACAGGAGCUGCCCAGAGAAGCCAGGAGCGUCUAGAGGGGACGAUCGUGACAACGGCAUCAAGGGAGCUCCAUCCAAGGAAGCUUGACACGUUAUUUUGACCACUGUUUCCAGGCAGCUUCAGCGCAGGAUCUUCCCAGGAGCAAACGCUCCCUGAUGGUCCAUCCACGUCUCGGUUGGAUCUCAGAGGAGGCAGAGACACAAGAGGCCAGGAAUCCUCCUUUGUUGAGAUGCUGGGACCAGGGCUUCCGUGGCAGGACCAUGCCACGACACAUGCUUAAUGGUGACAGAGACCCACCCAGCCUGACAAAUGGCUGCAAUGGGAGAGCUCUGGGCUAUUUAGUGAACGACCCCUAGGCGGGUGGGAGGGCUGAGGUCUCUACCCUGCUCCUUCUCAGGGACAUAAAGCCCUUUCCUGGCCUGAUCACACAGACUUGGGGGAGUGAGUGUGUCCUCAGAGGGGCAGAGACCAAAACCCUCAUGAAGACAUCCACUGGGGACCAAAAGGAAAGCUGAGGGGGGCACCGAAGACAAUAAAAGGUGUCUGGAGAGGCUA